AUGGCCGGACCGCACUUGACUUUCCAGCAACUCAUACCACCACAGCAAGAUUCGAUACCGAUGGCACCGGAGCCCAAUGUUCGCUCUAUGAUUGCACGCUCUAGACCGGAUUCCAAAUCGCAGCGCACGAUCAAGUUGAUCAAGCAUACACUCAAAUCGUAUCUGCGUGUGAUGCAGCAUGACAGCACUCUACCGCCCUUCAUUCAUCCUGGACUGGCUACCGCGUCUGUUGGGACUGGCCGGAUGGAGCCGAUGGCCAAUUGCAUGAGCCUCAUGCACAUGCUCAACGGCGAAAUUAGGGGCAGCAACAAGUUGUUCUGGAAGAAUGUUCAACUGGAAAGUGACCGCCUCAUGGCUGAGUGUACAAGCAUGACCAAAUUGGAACUAUUAGCCGCCAUGCAAGCGCUAUCCAUUUACAUUUUCGUGAGAUUGGACGAAGGCGAGACAAACGACAACGACUUGGACGAGAUGUUGCAAGCUACGGUGACGAAAAUCUCGCAGCUCUUCAAUUGCCAAGCACUCUGCCUCAUCUACCGCAUCAUCGACAUGCUCGCCUACUUUGGUCCCGCCGCCCUCUGCAACCUUUCCCCCAAACUCCUCCUCGCGCCGCUGCCUGCGCGGAAACAGCUCUGGGAGGCCCCUGAUGAGUUCACGUGGAGCAUGGAGAUCAGCAAGGACAUCAUGCGUCCGGCUGUGUUUGGUCUCACUGGCAAGGGAGACCUGAUCAGAUUGAACAAUGGGCGUUCGUUGCAUGAGCCUGGGGCGGCGAGUUCGGUAGAUGGUGGACAAGAGGAUUCUGCGAAUUGGGAGGAGUGGUGUUCGGGGAUGGAUGGGCUGGGGGCGUUGGUGAUGCUUGCUGCUAGUUUGGUUGGGUGA